AUGGUACCUCCAUGUAACACACCCAGACACCACAGCGUCAUACCCAGUUCGAAAUGUGUCUGCAUAAAGAGGUUGAUGCUUCGAGGCAAGCCGGCUGGCAUACCGCCUGUAGGCCGAAUAUGGAUCUCCAAGAGACUAAUUAGAACAUCUCAGACAUUGAAGCAGCAGGAGGUAGAGUUACGUGAUCUAGAUAAAAAAUGGGCACGUAUCUGGAAGGAAUCUUCCGGUUCAUUGAAUCCAGCAAAGUCCAUGAAUGCUGACGGUGAAAAGUUCUAUUGCUGCUCGAUGUUCCCCUAUCCCAGUGGAGCAUUACACAUGGGGCACCUCAGGGUAUAUACAAUUAGCGAUGUAGUAGCGAGAUACAUGCGUCUUAAAGGCAAGAACGUCAUCCACCCAAUGGGCUGGGAUGCCUUUGGAUUGCCGGCUGAAAAUGCUGCCAUAGAAAACGGAAUAGACCCAGCGAUAUGGACCCGCGAUAACAUCAACAAAAUGAAGGCCCAGAUGGAUUUGAUGCUUGCUGAUUUUGAUUGGGACAGAGAAGUUUCCACUUGUGAUCCAGAAUUCUACAGGUGGACACAGAAGAUAUUUCUCCUUCUUGUAAAGCACGGAUUGGCCUACCGUAAGAAGGCACAGAUUAAUUGGGACCCAGUGGACCAAACAGUCCUUGCUAAUGAGCAGGUAGACUCUGAAGGCAGAUCUUGGAGGUCGGGUGCAAAAGUUGAAAAGCGAGAUUUGGAACAGUGGUUUAUUGGAAUCACCAAGUACGCCAAAGACCUUGCGAAAGAUUGCGAGGUGCUCGAAGACUGGCCAGAAAAGGUUAAGGUGAUGCAGAAAAACUGGAUAGGCGAGUCAUCGGGAGCGACUAUUAGAUUUGCUACUAACACUGAUGAAGAAAUAAGCGUGUUCACCACUCGCCCUGACACCUUGUUUAGUGUACAAUUUUUGGCUCUUUCGUUGGAGCAUCCUCUAGUCCAAGCUGAGGCCAAGAAGGACAAAAAGCUAGAGGCAUUCAUUGCGCAACAUUCAGGAGACGAUUCCGAAUCUAAAGAUGGGUAUAAACUUGAAAACUUGAAGGUUUCAAUCCCUAUAGAUACCGAGGGCUCUGCUCGGGAAGUUUAUGAUGUCCCGGUGUAUGCUGCUACCUACGUUUUGAGCUCUUAUGGAAGUGGAGCGGUUAUGGGCUGUCCAGGCCAUGAUACUCGGGACUUUGAAUUCUGGCAACUCCACAACCCGAAUAUACCUCCAGUCUUGACAAUAGGGCCUGAGGACGCUGGUUCAGAGUAUGAAAUUCCUUAUGUUGCCAAGAGUGGUCGUCUCUGCGAUUCCACUUUAAUUCCUGGAAACGUAAAAAGUUUAGGUUCCGUCAAUGGUUUAAUCGCAUCCGAAGCAUCAAAGAAAAUCACAGAAAUGUUGAGCAAAGUGGGCAAGGGUGAAUCUAAAGUGCAAUAUAGAAUUAGAGAUUGGUUGAUCAGUCGUCAGAGGUACUGGGGUGCUCCUAUACCAAUGGUGCACUGCAAUGACUGUGGAUUGGUUCCCGUCCCAGAUGAAGAGCUUCCUGUUCUACUACCUAAUAGGGACGAGGUUUCGAGAGGGCUUCCUUUGGCCAAAAUCGAUAGCUUUGUGAAUACCAAGUGCACCUUCGUGGUGGCGAGGCAGCGAAAAGAGAUACCGACACAAUGGAUACGUUCAUGGACUCAUCCUGGUACUUUUUCCGUUAUCUUGAUUCCAAGAACAAGAACGAGCCCUUCGGCUCCAAGAAGGUUACUCAAUUAA